GCGCCUCAAUAUCAUGGAGAAUUUUCUUUAAAAUUCUUUGGCAAGCUGACUGACAAUUACGCUCAAACCAUCUUUUCAUCAGAAGGAAAAUCACAGAUGGGAACUUUAACAAAAUGUUCCCAGUUUUGUGUCAGAGAUCAACGGUGUAUAGGAAUAGAACUAUGUCAGAUCAGAAACGAUUUGUUUCAAUGUCGAAUUUGCUGCGAAUGGAAGAAGAUAGGUUCCAAUUACUACAAUGAUCAACUGGGAUGUAAAUACUUAGAAAUGGAAGAUAAAGCCGAAGAAAACAUGGCAGUGGCGGCCGUUUUAAGUAGUCUUUACGGUUCCCAAUAUAAAUCAGCAUUUGCAGUGGAUGGUGUGACAGAAUGCGGAAAACAUUCAUUGCCUCACAGUAAGGCUGAAACCAGUCCAUGGUUGAGAAUUGAUCUGACAAAUACUACCAGUGUAUCACAAGUACUUGUAUACAACAGACGUGAUUGUUGCGGACAUCGAUUCCACGAUGUUUCUGUAAAUGUCAACGUACCAGAAAGUGUGCAAAGUUUUUCUUGUGGCUUCUUUCCUGGACCAGCUUCAAAUGGAGACCGCCUCCUGUUUCUUUGUGAGAAUGGUGCCGUGGGUGAAAGUGUCACAAUUAUCAUGAAUGAUAGAAAUGGACAAAAGAGUUAUCUUCAUGUGUGUGAAGUAGAGGUUUUCGGAAAACGUUAACACUGCUUCAAACACAUGGUAACAUUUAAACACCAAAAUCAGUAACACAAUUCCCAACGAGCAAUAUACGACGGCUUUGGUUUUCAUACAUCUUCACACGAGACAUUCCGAGAAUAGAACGAGGAUAAUGAAAAACAUGGAAAGGAUAAUUAUACUGAUGAAGAUAAACAUAAAUAACUAUAGACAUGUUUGUUUAGAAUAUUUUCACGUGUAUCAACAAAGUUAAAAGCAAAUUAAAAGUAAAUUUUAUUUGAAUGGACCGUCGUAUAAUCGUAGUUAUAAGAUGAAUGAAUUUAUCAAAUAUAUAAUUGAAUUAUCAUAGUUUAUGUAACUAAAAAAAUAAGAUAAUGUUCGUUUGUAAAAUAUAGUUAAAUGCACAUUUUUGAAAUAAAUACAUUGCAACAUAUGGCACAUACUUAAAAGAUGAAU